CGGCCUCGACUGCGGAGAGUGGUGAGGGCCGUUCAGGGUCCGCAGCCCCAGGACCGGGCCGGACCGGCGGGAGGCGGGGUCGGUGGGCCGAUCGCCGCGCAGGGACUCAAUCUCUGCCCGCGCUGCUACGCGGCCCGGGCCCCGGCGCGCGUUUCCUGUCUGCAGACCGUCGUCCUUCCGAUCCCUGCUUUCUACUUUGCCGUGCUUAGAGAUGUCUUCCAGAAGUCCCAAAGAUUUAAUUAAGAGCAAAUGGGGAUCAAAGGCUAGUAACUCCAGAUCCGAAACUGCAUUAGAGAAAUUCCGUGGAGAAAUUGCAGCUUUAAAAACCUCCGUGGAUGAAAUCACAAUCGGAAAAGGAAAACUGGCCGACAAAGACAGACACAGACUUGUGGAGAAAAUUCAAAUUCUUGAAGCUGAGAGAGAGAAGAAUGCUUAUCACCUCAAAGAGAAGGACAAAGAAAUAGAGAGACUCAGAGACCAGCUAAAGGUGAGAUAUAACACUACUGCACUGGCUGAGCAACUGGAGGAGAAAACCAAGGAAUGCAAAAAGAAGGAGCAGUUGUUGGAAUCCUUAUCCAGAGAGACAGAUAUGCUGAAAAGUCAACUGUCUGCCACAACAGCAAAACUCACUGAACUUGAAAGCAGAGCCGGGACACACCAUUUGUCACAGGCUAUGGCUACAAACUGCUUCGAUGCAUCAAUGAAUAAUAUUCAUGACAAGGAAAUGCAGCUGAAAGAUGCUCUGGAGAAAAAUCAGCAGUGGCUUGUCUAUGAUCAGCAACGAGAGAUCUAUGUUAAGGGACUGUUAGCAAAGAUCUUUGAGCUGGAAAAGAAAAUGGAGACAGCUGCUCCUUCACUCCCACAGCAGACAAAAAAGACUGAAUCAGAAGAUUAUCUUCAAGAAGAGAAGCAAAAAUAUUAUAGUCACCUCUUGGAAAAUGCCAGAAAAGAUCUUGAGGCUGAACGACAAACCAUAACUCAGUUGACAGUAGAACUUAGUGAAUUUCGGAAAAAAUAUGAAGAAACUCAAAAGGAAAUUCAAGAUUUAAAUCAGCUGUUGUCUUCACAAAGAAAGUCAGACAUCCAGCACCUCGAAGAUGACAAGCAUAAGACAGAGAAAAUACAGAAACUCAAGGAAGAGAAUGAUAUUGCCAGGGAAAAGCUUCAAGAAGAGAAGAAGCGGUCUGAAGAGCUCCUGUCUCAGGUCCGGGUUCUUUACAGGUCUCUGUUAAAACAGCAAGAGGAACAGACCAGGGUAGCUCUGUUGGAACAACAGAUGCAGGCGUGCACUGUAGACUUCGAAAAUGAAAAGCUGGAUCGGCAGAAUAUGCAGCAGCAACUGCACGUGAUUCUCAAGGAACUCCGCAAAGCCAGAAGCCAGAUAACACAGUUGGAGUCCUUGAAGCAGCUUCAUGAUUUGGCCUUCACAGAGACAUCCUUCACCGUCCACGGGGAGCCUGAAAACAAAGUAAAAGUUACCUCGCCUAAAAGUCCCGCAGCUGCACUCAACGAAAGCCUGGUGGAGUGCCCCAAGUGCAACGUACAGGUCCCAGCCACCGAACACCGGGACCUGCUCGUCCACGUUGAAUACUGCCUGAACUAGCAAAAGCACUGUCAGGGCUUUUGUCCUCACAGGUUCCAUACUGUAUCUGCUGUUUACUGUAUACAUUUUGAGUCACAUAUCCCACCCAUUUCAUGUAAGGAAACACCUGUGUGCUCUGGCUAGUCUUGUGUUCUUCUGCUGCUUCGCAUUCUCCUUGGCCGUGGUCUUGCUGCGGGUUCAUCCUUGGCUGCACGCGAGCCAUGAACCAGCUGGCAUCUCACUCACAAUAUGGUUGGGGUUGGAAUCUCUUGCGCCAGUAAGCAAAUAUUUUAUGUCUUGUGGGCUUUUUUAAGAAAUCAGAGGUUACUAACCAAGGGUCUUUGUAAGUGCUUAGUAUACUGCAGGUUGCAAGCUAGAUGUCAUUUGUUAAAAGAUGGUGAUAUUAUCUUUAGUUGUCCCUCGCUUUUACAGAGUUUUUACUAGAAAAGUUUUUGUAGUUCUUAUUGCUGUUUACUCUUAGAACUGUAAACCCAACUCAUUCUAAGCACCAAGGGUUUGUUUGAGGAAUACUUUCAAGGAGCUACAUGCUAUUCCUCUGGCUUCAACUUUAACUUAAAUUUCAUUAGCGCAGCUUGGUUAUCUGAAAUUGUUAAAAUGAGUUGUAACAAGACUGGCUUUUUCAUUUGAUUUUCAGGUAUUGUAUUUUUUUUUAUUCUUAUUUUUGACACUUUGAAAUAAAAAAAAAGAUGGGCAGGUAGUAUAAUUAUUAGAUAUUUGUG